AUGAAAACCAUUUUGAAAUCUCAUGGAUUGUGGGAUUUGGUUGAAAAUGGUUUUGAUGCUUCAUAUCCAAAGAAGGGAACGGAAAAAGAAGAAAGAUCUAAGGCUUCUAAAGUGGAGAAGUCUACAAUGGCUGAGAUUUUGAUGAAGGAUGCUCGUGCACUUGGAUUGAUCCAAAGUGCAGUCUCAGACCAAAUCUUCCCCAGAAUAGUGAAUGAAGAAACCUCAAAGAGUGCUUGGGAUAUUCUAAAGCAGAAGUUUAGAGGCGAUAAACAGGUACGAAGUGUCAAGUUGCAAGGUCUACGUAGAGAGUUUGAAUAUACUCGUAUGAAGGAUAGUGAACCAUUGUCUGUUUAUACCGCUAAACUGUUUGAUUUAAUUAAUCAAAUGAAGAGUUACGGUGAAGAGUUGUCUAGAGAAAGAGUUGUGCAGAAAUUGCUGAUUAGCUUGCCUAGAUCGUAUGAUUCUAUAUGCUCUGUGAUUAAGCAUUCUAAGGAUCUUGACACUCUUGAAGUUCAAGAAGUAGUUGCAUCUCUGAAGAUCUUUGAGCUCAUAUUAGAUAGGCAUACUGAAAACUCCACAGAAAGGGCUUUUACUAGUAUGAAUAUAGAGAGUAAAAACUCUAAGAGUGGAAGUUCUUAUGGAAAUCACAAAUCCUAG